AUGGCAGGCCUUACUCUCCCUGUUGUCGGUACCCGGCUCCAGAUCGCUCUGGUACUUCUUAUCGUUGCCCCUUCGUUCAUUCUCUUCGGAUACAAUCAAGCGGUCCUGGGCAGUUUACUCAGCCUCCAAAGUUGGGUCUCUGUAUUUCCAGCAAUCGACACCAUAAACACCUCGGGGGCACAAAAGUCUCAUAACUCUACAUCCCAAGGCGCCUGCAAUGCCUCGUUUCAGAUGGGAUGUCUGAUAGGUGCCCUGUCUCUCUCCCUUUAUAGCGACAAACUCGGACGCCGUAAGACAGUCUUCAUCGGAGCUGCCAUUACCGUCCUCGGUCAGGCUCUACAGGUCUCUGCAACCACAUUGGUUCAGUUGGUCGUUGGUCGAGUUAUCCUAGGAUUCGCUAUCGGCCAAAUCAGCGGCACCGUGCCUGUCUGGCUCUCGGAGUGUGCCUCUCCCAAGUACCGCGGACAGCUGGGUAUCUGUACGGGUAUUUUCAUCAGCACGGGCUACACAUUGUGCAACUGGAUUGAUUUGGGAUUCAGCUAUCUACCCUCUUCCACUGGACAAUGGAGAGCUCCGCUCUCUAUACCCUUUCUCUUCUCAGCAAUGUUACUGGUUUCUGCUUUCACGUUUCCGGAGUCGCCUCGUUGGCUGAUCUCUAGAGGAAGGGUCGAAGAAGCUACUGCAAGUCUCUGUCGGUAUCGAGGAAAGGAUGCGCAUGAUGAGAAGAUUAUGGGCGAGAUAGCCCAUAUUCACCUUGCUCUAGAGGGCAGUGGGACCAUGUCCGUCCUGGAUAUUUUCGAUCGCAAGGACAAGACGCGUCUGUUGUUGCGAUUUUGGCUCUGCAUGGGGUUAAACUUUUUCCAACAGGCCUGCGGAGGCAACCUCAUAUCCGUCUAUAGUUCCACCAUCUUCCAAAAUUACCUACACAUGACACCCACCAUGUCUAAAGUCCUGGCGUCCUGUGUACUAUCAUGGAAAACGCUCUGCUGUCUAUUAACAUUCUGGACUAUCGACAACUGGGGCCGCCGUCUAUCCUUCAUGGUAAGCGGAGCAGGGAUGUCCAUCUGCAUGGCCGUGCUAGCGGUCACCACCGGCUUGGGCAAAAUCACGCAUGCGAUGGCAAUAGCAUAUGUUGCCUUCAUGUUCGUCUUCAACUUCUUCUACCCAAUCGGCUUCAUGGGUGGCAACUUCCUGUACACGGCUGAGAUUGCGCCUGUACGUCUGCGAGCGGCCAUGUCCUCCCUCGCGACUGCUAACCACUGGCUAUGGAAUUUGGUGGUUGUUCUGGUUACGCCAAUUGCUAUCGAUACGAUUGGGUGCUGGUACUAUGUGAUCUAUGCGCUUAUAUCUGCGACUAUCCCGGUCUGCGUGUACUUAUUCUAUCCGGAGACGAGGCACCGUAGUUUGGAGAUGCUUGAUCGGGUGUUUGUGGAUGCCCCUUCUAUCUGGCGGAUUGUGCCGAUGGCCAGGGGGUUGCCGCUCGGGGCAGUCGGCGCAGCAGAGAAUGCGAUAUGCCCAUCGGCCCAGCCGACGGAACCAUCCGAAGCUGACACUAGGAAGACCGAGGAAUACGACCGCCCCCUCACAUACGCCGAAAAAGUCCUUUACAGCCAUCUUGACACCACUUUUGACGAGCGCAUCGAGCGCGGCAAAACCCAGCUUAAACUACGCCCGCAACGCAUAGCAUGCCAAGAUGCGACAGCCCAAAUGGCACUUAUCCAGUUCAUGUCCGCGGGUCUAGACACAGCGGCCGUACCAACCACAGUCCACUGCGAUCAUUUGAUCGUCAGUCGGGACGGCGAAACACAGGACCUCGCUCGAGCGCUGGACAACCAUAAAGAAGUGUACGAUUUCCUCGAGUCUGCCUGCCAGAAAUACAACAUGGGGUUCUGGAAGCCCGGCGCGGGAAUCAUCCACCAGAUUGUGCUGGAGAACUACGCCUUCCCUAGUGGAAUGAUGAUCGGGACGGACUCUCAUACUCCCAACGCAGGAGGCCUUGGCAUGAUAGCCAUCGGAGUUGGUGGUGCCGAUGCGGUAGACGUGAUGGCUGGAUUGCCGCUGGAGCUCCAAGCGCCGAAGGUAUUGGGCGUCCGAUUGACGGGGCAGUUGUCCGGAUGGGCUUCGCCGAAGGAUAUUAUCAAUGCUGUAGCCGGGACGUUUUCCGUUAAGGGAGGUACUGGGUCCAUUAUUGAGUACUUUGGACCUGGGGCACAGACUCUGUCAGCCACGGGCAUGGCAACUGUGUGCAAUAUGGGUGCAGAAACAGGUGCCACAACGUCCAUCUUCCCUUAUGCGCCACAGAUGGCGGAUUAUCUUCGUGCUAAUCAUCGCCAUGAGAUGGCUGAUGCUGUUAAGAGCAUUGCACCGGAAUUGCAGGCCGAUGAGGGGGCUGAGUAUGAUAAUGUUAUUGAGCUCGAUUUGUCCACUCUCGAGCCACGGAUCAAUGGACCUUUCACGCCGGACUUUUCUACCCCGGUGUCGCGGUUCGGUGAAGCCGUGGCGGAGAACCAGUGGCCGGAUAUGGGACGUGCAGCUAGUCUUGCCCAGCAAGCAUUGGAUGCAGGACUGGAACCAAAGAUGCCGCUGUUGGUGUCUCCGGGUAGUGUUCAGACGCGCGAGACACUGAAAGAUGCCGGUAUUCUGCCGGUCUUCGAGAGACUCGGGGCGACGAUGCUUCCCAACGCCUGUGGUCCAUGCUGUGGGUCGUGGGAUCGAGUUGAUAUGCCAAAGGGCACCCCCAACUCCAUAAUAACCUCCUACAACCGGAACUUCUCUGGCCGUCUAGAUUCCAACCCAGCAACCAACGUCUUCCUAGCAUCGCCCGAGCUCGUCAUUGCAAAGGCCUUCUCCCGCGACCUCUCCUUCAACCCAACAACUGACUCGCUCCCAACCCCAUCCGGCGAGCAAUUCCACUUCCUCCCUCCAACCAGCGAUUCCCUCCCCUCAAAGGGCUACCUCUCCUCCGACUCAGCCUAUGCACCCCCACCUGCAAACCGGGAUAACAUCUCCGUCAAAAUCGACCCGUCAUCCCUCCGCCUCCAGAAACUGUCCCCAUUCCCACCCUGGCCCGGCCACGACUUCAAAGACUGCGCCAUCCUAAUCAAAACAGCCGGGAAGUGCACAACAGACCACAUCACCCCCGCCGGCCCGUGGUUCCGCUAUAGAGGCCACCUAGAAAACAUCUCCAACAAUACCCUCAUCGGCGCAACCAACGCCGAGAACGGCAAGGUGAACAGUAUCCGGAACCAGCUCACGAAGCAAGAUGGACAGGAAGUGCCUGCUACAGCACGCCACUACAAAGAGAACGGCGUGCCGUGGGUGGUUAUCGCUGACCAUAACUACGGUGAGGGCAGUUCGCGGGAACACGCGGCGCUGCAGCCGAGGUAUCUAGGUGGUGUGGCGAUUAUCGCGAAGUCAUUUGCAAGAAUCCAUGAGGCGAAUUUGAAGAAGCAGGGGUUGUUGGCGUUGACGUUCGACAAUGAGAAGGAUUAUGAAAGGAUUAGGGCUGAGGAUCGGGUUAGUAUUUUGGGGCUUGGGGAGGGGGAGUUUGUUCCGGGGAGCACUUUGAGGUUGGUGGUUAAUGGGGGCGAGUGGGAGGCUGUGCUCAGGCAUAGUUUUACGGAGGAGCAGAUUGGGUAUUUUAGAAGUGGGAGUGCUUUAAAUGUUAUGGCGGGGAAGUAG